CGACGACGAACAGUCUGAGUUUCAUCAAAACACACACCAAUUGAUCCAUACGAGUCCCACUAAUCCAUCCAUCGUCAUGCAGAGAGAAUAUUACGGCAGCAAAACGUCGACUUACUCGCAGAUAUUGGUGGUGUCAUCGAUAGGAUUGAUGAUAGCAGCCGCAGUGCAUUACCGUCUGCGGUGGCUACGUGAUUCCAAAAUCAUCCCUCGUCUUAAAUUAUCUCACAAACACAAAGGCCAUGAGAAGCUCGAGAGGUUCUCUCAUUACGUCGCAAGGCAAAUGGGAUUCAAGGACAGGAGAGAGUGUCCAAAUCUCUGCAAGUUAGCAGCAGAAUACAUCAGGAAAUCUGAAUGUUGUGAAGAAGAUAUUUACAGCUUUUUCUCUGAAGAGCCUGACGCGGACACCCUCUUCAUUAAGCUUGUUGAGGAGUUUGAAAGAUGCAUUCUCAGCUACUUUGCCUAUCACUGGAGCCACGCCGAUCUCAUGAUUAGUCAGAUACUGAGCGCGGACGCUGAGCCAAAGAGGAAGCUGAAGCAAAUUGUAAUGGCAGCUACAAGGGAGCAGAGGAUUAAGAGGGUGACUAAGAACUUAAAAGUGGCACGGGUGUUCAACACUUUGGUAGAGGAAAUGAAAGCAAUGGGGAUUGCGUCUGUGGAUGACUCACAGUGUACAGAAGUUAUGGCACCAGUGGCUCACAAAGACCGAAGUCCGGUUCUACUCCUCAUGGGUGGUGGGAUGGGUGCAGGAAAAAGCACUGUGCUCAAGGAGAUACUCAAAGAAGCCUUCUGGGCAGGAGCAGACUCUGUGGUGAUUGAAGCUGAUGCUUUCAAAGAAUCUGAUGUCAUUUACAGAGCCUUAAGCUCUCGUGGCCAUGUUGAUAUGAUCCAGACAGCUGAAUUGGUUCAUCAGUCGUCAACAGAUGCAGCUUCAUCACUGCUAGUGACGGCCCUGAAUGAAGGGAGGGAUGUGAUCAUGGAUGGGACACUCUCAUGGGUACCUUUUGUGGUACAGACAAUAACAAUGGCGAGGAAUGUGCAUCGUCAACAUUACAGAAUGGGAGCUGGGUACAAAGUUGGUGACGAUGGGGUUGUCACAGAGAACUAUUGGGAACGGAUUGGUGAGAGGCAACAGCUUGAAGAGGAUGGGCGUAGGAGAAAACCAUAUAGGAUUGAACUAGUUGGAGUAGUGUGUGAUGCAUAUUUAGCAGUUAUAAGAGCCAUUAGGAGAGCCAUCAUGUGUAGAAGAGCGGUUAGGGUAAGAUCGCAGCUGAGAUCUCACAAACGGUUUGCGGAUGCAUUUCCUACGUAUUGCAACCUUGUUGACAAUGCUAGGCUCUACUGCACUAAUGCGCUUGAAGGAUCUCCAAAGCUGAUAGGUUGGAAAGAAAAGGAAAAGACAUUGCUAGUGGAUCCAGAGGAGAUAGAGUGUUUGAAGCGAGUAGGGGGGUUGAACGAAAACGCAGACUCCAUUUACGAGCUCUAUAAUCAACCAAAUCCUGCUUGUGAAGCAGGAUCAAUCUGGAAAGACAUUGUUCUGUCACCUUCAAGGUUUAACAUUCAACAAGAACUCAAAUACUCCAUUCAGAAAGUAGAAAGAUCUAAACAACACCUCAACGACACCAACAACGAUAUCUCAUCAACACCAAAAGCUGAAAACUGAUCAAGUCAAAAUAUAGCAAAAGAGAGCAAAGUCUCGGGUUUAGUACUGUCACCAAAUCAACAACGUAGAACAUAAAUUUGUUGAGAUUGUUACACACAAUACUUAGGAGUAAACAUAUUGUUGACUGUUGUAUAACUUCCACGAUUCAACAAGAAUCUGACACAAAUUGUCUGCAAGAAACCCAGAAUAUGCUUCUUCCACCAUUGAUAGAAAACAGAUUUAUCUUUAUAUAUAUAUAUAGGAUUUUUAAAGCAUAGUAGUUCAAGAAGCCAUUGAAUUACAAGAACACUUGAGAUAU